UAUUUCUCUCAUCUCAGCACGCUGCAAAACCUCGCGUACGUCGUCGAUCUAGUUGCGUCGCAAUAUCGAUCUCAGUAAUCAUUCUCCCGCGAUUUCCGUGCAGAUUAACUCGAUGACGAAGAUUUUCAGGUCUAGCUUCUACCGGACGAAGCAACCCGCCAACCCGCUGGAGGAGGAGGAAGAAGCGCUCGCGGCGGCGGCGGCGGCAGGGGAGUACAGGGACCUCGAGGACGGCGCCAAUGUCGACGAGGCGGCGGGCUCCGGUGGCAUGCGCCGUCCCGAAGGCGCGCUCCUCGUCGCUGUUUUCGUCGCCUACUUCAUGUCUUUCCUCGGCAUCUACUACCUGCUGCUCGGCAGCUUCUACCUCCCGCCCGAGGCGGGGCCGGCCGACGGCGGCCGGGUGAUCGCCAUCGUCGGCGGCGUGAUCCUGGCCGUCGCUGGCCCCGUGCUGGCCGGCAGCCUCGCCGUCUGUUGCUGCUGCCGCAGUGCGCGUGGCCCCGCGGCGUAGGCUGUUUCUGGUUGAUGUUUCUCUGAUGAGCUACUGUCAGUUGAUUAUUAGUUUAUUACUGCAGUUGUGUUCCUGAAUCCAGAUGCAAUAGAUCAAUGAUCUGCACAUUUAUUUCCACUCUUAUCUGUUUUCGUGUUAUUCUUAGAGAACAUGCAAAUCGGGUGUCUUUUUUUCUGUUACGUCAGGCCAUGAUCAGCUAGCACCAUGUAAGAAAAACAAGAUGAUUCUGCUGCUAGAUUUUAGUUAGAAUAUGCGAACAGCUGAUUUACUAACAAUGCUAAACUUAGGUUUUUCCGCAAAAAUAUAUAAUGGUACUCCAGAUAAGGUACAAUGGGAUGAUAAUCAUCUGACGAUGUGAAUACGUAGGGUCUAACUGAGGUGAAUGAAUGACCAGAUGAUCGGGUACUGCCGCGACUGAUAUAGAACUAGA